AUGGUUCAUUCGGUGUCAAUUGCUAACAAUAAAACUACGAUCUAUGAAUCUGCCGUCGCGGGUGGUAUGGCGGGAGCCAUUACAAGAGCUGUAGCACAACCCCUGGACGUUCUAAAAAUACGAUUUCAACUCCAACUUGAACCUAUUCGAAAUGGUUCUAAAUACAGCUCUAUGCUACAAGCAGUGUCUUCUAUUGUGAAGGAAGAAGGUAUAUUGGCAUUGUGGAGUGGUCACGUACCAGCACAAUAUCUAUCAAUAGCGUACGGAGUCUUGCAAUUCUCCGUGUUUGAACAGCUUACGCAAGUAUGCCAGAGCGCUGAUCAACAGUUUUAUUACACACACAGACACUGGAUAAACUUUUCUAAUGGCGGUGUGGCUGCAGCCGUCGGUACCGUUGCAUCAUUUCCAUUCGAUACAGUCAGAACCAGGUUAAUUGCUGAACAGAAAACGAAAAAGGCAUACAAAGGGUUCACUCACGCAAUCACGUCUAUGGUAAGAACUGAAGGAGUAGCUGCCUUGUACAAAGGCUUAAUACCCACCCUGGGUCAAUAG